GGUUAAAAGGUAGGAUGACUUUACAUUUACAUAUAUAUACCAGGCUGUGAGCGUAGAACUACAUUCGAUAGAUUGUUCAGUAGCUAACAGAAGUAGAAAUAAUAUAAGAGGAUAAAACUAUGGAUAAAACAAGUGCAGAGGAGGAAAAUCACAACGAGGGGGCGGAAGGCAAGGUAUCCGUUCUUGAAGAUGAAAACGGGGAACAGUUAAAAGUUGUUACAUUUGAAGAGAUUGUGAUGCCAGUUUCAGCAAUGCAAAAAGGAAUUAAAGCACGGCUUUCCUAUGUUAAGAAGUUACCGUAUCAAGACGGGGAUGUGCUUGUCAGUAGCUAUCCGAAAACAGGAACACACUGGACGGCGAAUCUUUUACACUUCCUUAUGUAUCAUGGCCCACUGGACACACUGGUGUCACAUCCACCUUGCCUUAUAGAUUUGUUCAAUUAUGAGGACUGGCCACAGAAACGGGAUGGCAAUAGAAUCAUAGUGUCACAUUAUCAGCCAAAACGACUACCAGCCGAACAUUUUGAAAAAGGCGGGAAAACUAUUGUUGUGUUCAGAAACCCGAAAGAUACAAGCGUCUCACUAUUUCAUCACUUACGGAAGUUCACGAAGAUCGGCGGAUUAAAGUUAUCUUGGAACAGUUACAUUAAUUAUUGGAUGGAUGGCAAAAUGCCGUUUGGAUCAUAUUUUGACUACUACAAUAACUGGCAACAGCAGAUCAAAGAGAAACCUGAACAAAAUGUUUUAGUUGUACAAUAUGAAGACUUAAAAAAGGACAGCUUGAAUCAGCUUCGGAGGAUUCAGAAUUAUCUUGGACUAAAUCAUUCAGACGAACGACUUCAAGCUGUGCUGGACAAAUGUUCACUUGGAACCCUUAAAGCUGAAGUAGAAAAUGGUAAAGUCAAGACACCUUUAAUUGAUGAAAAGGGGAAGUCAAUUCUCUACAGAAAAGGAGUUAUUGGAGACUGGAAGAACCUUUUCACUGUUGCACAAAAUGAGAAGAUAGAGGAACUUAUUGAAGAGAAAUUUAGGAACAGUAUGUUCAGUUAUGAUGUAUGGAAUUGCUAGAGCCGAUUUCAGACAGACAAAAUGUGUUCAGUAACAAGUCAUGGAUUUGCUUUAAAUUACUGGAUUAAAUCUUUGUAACACGCAGUCUCUAGCUUACCAUGAAGACUGGAAGUAUUAACGAAGACGAUGAUGAUUAAACAUUAUUUUAAUGAUAAACAUGUCAAUAUAUUUGAUUAUUGAAUGUAUAAAAACACAUGAAUUUUGUAUUUAGGAAUGUGCCAUAUACUAAACUCGGUCCUUUGGAGUUCAUUCAGUAGAUAUGUAAUAGAAUUCCGCUUAAGCCGGUGCUAGGGGGCGUGAGAGGUGUUGCACAUUUUAUUACCUCUCAUGAACACACUCAAUCAAAUAGAAAAAGCGGAAACCAAGCCUGCUAUUAUUCUUUUUGGGUUACAUUUCAUGCUUCCAUGGGAUCUUUUCACAGAUGUUAUCGAUUAAAGUUAAUUAUCUAUUACAAAAGGUACGGAUCAAACGUGUGACAUACAUAAAAAAGUUCUUAAACAGUUUCAGUUUACCAUUUCAAGUUCUGAUCGGUAUAUAUUCAGCUCGUAAAUGUACAGAUCCUUGUCAUUAACUUCGACAUACGUGAUUUAUUACUUUUUUGAACAUGUACACAAAUCAUACCUUCAUACCUUUGUCGCUAGAUAUUUCUGCAAACUGACUUCUGUCUAAGUUUUGGCAUAACUGUAUCAACCAAGAGUUUGGUAUCAGUAUAUUAACUAUCCCUAGUUUGUAAAACUGAAUAGAUGAUUACAAAACUGCAGUUGAGACGAACUAUUACUGUAUAAAAUGUUUAUUGUAGACUUUUUCAACUGAAAUAUAACCGACGAGUAAUCUUUGUUUGACUAAUUUUAAUUUUCAAAAUAAUUAUUAUACAAAAUAUGGUAGCAUUUUGGUGCCAGCAGAGAGACUUGAAGGAAACCCUACCAACGACAUAAUCUCCUGAGUACGACUUACUAACUGCUACGCAGGACUUCGUU